CAAGAAAGAAAGAAGCAAGAAACCAAGAAGCACGCAACAGCUCCCAAUAUAAUCCCCCCACAAAUUCUUAGCCCUAAUUUCAUUUCCGACCUCCCCUCUUGUUCUCUUCACCUGAAAUCGAAUCAGAAAUGGACGACAUGAAAGACAAGGUCAAGGGCUUCAUCAAGAACCCCUUCUCCUCUUCCUCCUCCGGUAAAUUCAAAGGCCAAGGCCGCGUCCUCGGCUCCUCCUCCUCCUCCGGCCCCGCCAACUCCCCCAUCCUCAACCGCCCCGCCCAGCCCAAGCCUCCGCCGCGGAAUCUCAACCAGACCCGACCCGACCCUCCUUCGAAUCCAAAGCCCACUCGCAAACCCCAAGGAGGAUUCGACCCCUUCGACGCGUUGAUCACUCCGGGGAAGCGAUCCCAGAACGGCUUCACCCUCAACGUCUUCGACUGCCCAAUCUGCGGCAAGCCUUUCCGGUCUGAAGACGAGGUCUCCCUCCACGUGGACACCUGCGUCACCACUACUGCAGAGAAUCAAAGCGUCUCGGGGUCGGUGGAGGAGGACUCCCCCACGUCGGCAUUGGAGGCCUGCAUUGGCGCGUUUGCUUCCGGCGAACCCGGGGCGGGGUCGGUGGAGGUUGUGCUGAGGCUGUUGAGGAAUGUAGUGAGGGAGCCGGAGAAUGUCAAGUUCAGGAAGGUGAGGAUGGGGAACCCGAAGAUUCGGGAGGCGGUUGGGGAGGUUGUGGGGGGUGUGGAGUUGCUCGAGUGUGUGGGGUUUGAGUUGAAGGAAGAAGAGGGGGAGAUGUGGGCUGUCAUGGGGGUGCCGACACCGGAGCAGAUUGGGGUGAUCAAGAAGGGGAUUGAGUUGCUGGAGCCGCCGCCGAAGAAGGUGGAGGAAGUGCAGAGGAAGGAGAUGUUGGAUGAACAGGUUGAACCAAAGAAGGUUGACAGACAGACCAGGGUCUUCUUUUCUGUGUCUGAAAGUGCGGCAGCAAAAAUUGAGCUGCCAGAAAGUUUCUAUAGUCUCUCAGCUAUGGAGCUGAAAAGAGAAGCUGAAGUGAGAAAGAAGAAAAUUGAUGAUUCACAAAUGCUGAUACCAAAAUCGUUUAAGGAAAAGCAGGCAAAAGCUGCUAAGAAGAGGUACACAAAGACCGUUAUCCGGGUCCAAUUUCCUGACGGGGUGGUACUCCAAGGUGUGUUUUCUCCUGCUGAGCCAACUGGCGCUCUCUAUGAGUACGUCAGCUUAGCAUUGAAAGAGCCUUGUUUGGAGUUUGAAUUGUUGAAUCCUGUAGCUCUCAAGCGCCGGGUGAUCCCCCACUCUCCUGCACCAGGGCAGAGACCAGCAACACUAGCUGAUGAGGACUUGGUACCCUCGGCUCUUGUCAAGUUUAAACCUCUGGAGACGGAUUCCAUUGUUUACACGGGGCUAUGCAAUGAGCUUCUUCAAAUUAGUGAACCUCUGGGAAGUGGUUCAGCUGUUGGUCACACAUAAGCUCAGGAUUGAAGCACAAAAGCUCAGCAUUGAAUAUCUGAUGUAUUUGUUUGCGGCCAUAGAGACAUGAUGCAUGAUUAUAACUUCCCAGUCAAACAAUCUAUACCAGUAGUAGAUCACAAUUGUUUUGGAGCAUGUACUUUCUUGUAAUGCAAUGCUGCCUUUUUGUCCAGGCUUGUUGUGCAAUGAAUCUGAUCUUAUCCAAGAGGAGAUGUUCUGCUGUGCUGUAAAAUGUUUGGUAGUGAAAAUCAUCUUGAUACCAUGUCAUCUACACUUUUAGCAGAUUUCUAUGCCAACAUGAAUUGCCUUCAUUCAUAUAUUUUCAGUCUGUUUUUUCCUUUACAUGUUUUUCUACAUCGGCAAUAAAGCCAUUGAAGCAUCAGGUCAGGCCCAUUAGCUUGUACUUGAUUGUUUCAUUUUUUUUCAUUUUCUUAUGAUUGUUUCACACAUCAUAAGAAAAUCUUUUAUGAACCCACCAAAUCAUACUCAAU